AUGCCAAUAAGGUAUCUCGCAUCUUUCAAGGAACUCUCAAAACUUUUUUUCUGAUGUCGAAAUGGCGGACAGAUGGAGAAGGCGUUGCAGUCUGGUCUCAACACUAGUGUGAUAAUUGUCUUCCAUAACGAGGCCUGGUCCACACUCCUUCGAACUGUCCAUUCCGUCCUCAAUCGAUCGCCGCCCCAACUUCUCCAGGAGGUUAUUCUCGUUGAUGAUUUUAGUGACCGUGACUACCUUGGUGAUAGUUUAACUACUUACGUGAAAGCCUUGGGUUCCCGGGUGCGCCUGAUACGCCUUCCCCAGCGAUCGGGUCUUAUUCGAGCUCGUUUGGCAGGUGCUAAAGAGGCUAGGGGUAGCACUCUUGCGUUUCUUGAUGCACACUGUGAAGCCACUGAAGGUUGGCUGGAACCUCUCAUCGCCCAUGUCGCCCAAAAUCCCCACUCUGUCGUCUGUCCUGCAAUUGAUGUGAUUUCUGACACGUCAUUUGAAUAUCUCCAGAGCACAGAAAGGACUUGGGGUGUAUUUAGUUGGGAUCUUCUUUUCGAUUGGGAUGUUAUAGCCCCACGGGAAGAGCUCAGACGCCAGGAUAAGCCAGCUAUGCCCAUUCGUACUCCCGCUAUGGCUGGCGGACUUUUCCUCAUACGUCGUGACUACUUUUACAAUCUUUUCUCCUUUAUUUAA